AUGCGUAUGGAUAGCGGAGUAACGCUUGUUCUUGCUGCGACCUACCCCGGCUUUGGUAUCGGCAGAGCUGGCUCUUUACCUUGGCGCCUAAAAAACGAAAUGAAGUUUUUUCGACAAGUCACUGAUGGAGGAGUGGUUAUAAUGGGGCGCAAAACCUGGGAGUCAAUACCUCUCAGGUUCAGACCAUUACAGAAUCGCGUAAACGUUAUUGUGUCAAGAAACCCAGAUUUUGAACUACCGGAUGGCGUCUUGUUUGCAAACUCGUACGAGCAAGCCCUAGAAAAGGCGUCUACAUUAAAAAAAAAAAUGUUCGUGAUAGGCGGUGGUCAACUUUAUGCAGCUGCUCUCGAACACCCUGCCACAAACUUGAUUUUAAUGACACAAAUACAUGAUCCUGACAACACCUUCAAAUGUGACACUUUUUUCAAUUUUCCUGCUGAGGAAUGGACACGGGAGACGGAAGAUCAACUCCGUCGUACACUGAGACCACUGACCAUUAAUGCUACAGUUUGCAAAGAGGUCGGUGUAUCUUACGAAUAUACACUAUGGUCCCGAAAACCUUCCUCGACUAAUGAGGAAGAUUGA